AUGGCUGGGCUUCUCUAUGGUUUGCUGGCCUAUCAGUCGAUUGGCGCUAUAUACGGAGAUAUCGGCACGAGUCCUCUAUACGUCUUCUCAGCAACGUUUUCUACCCAGCCGGUUCUGAUUGAUUUGAUUGGCGUUUUGUCACUUAUCAUUUGGGCUUUAUUGCUCAUUGCUACCAUCAAGUAUGUCGGUAUAGUGCUUUGCGCAAAUGAUAAUGGAGAAGGAGGAUCCUUUGCAUUGCUAUCGAUCAUUCGGAGACAUGUACAUCUUGAUUGGCGUGAUGCUAAAGCUAAGCUUGAAGAUGACUGGAGGGAUGGUAAGAUAGAUGAGACAGCUGGGUUCAACGGAUACGUCAAAAGGUGGCUAGCAAAUAGCUCUGCUGCCAAACGCGCGAUUACUGUUCUUGCUGUGCUUGGUGUCUGCAUGGUCAUGUCAGAUAGCGUGUUGACUCCGGCACAAUCAAUUCUCGGCGCUGUCCAAGGUAUUCAGAUUGCUGCACCGGAUAUACCAUCCCAUACUAUUGUUGGCAUCACAUGUGCUCUGAUAGUCAUAUUAUUUGCACUACAGCCAAUCGGAACAUCAAAACUAAGCAACUACUUUGCUCCUAUUGUUACAAUCUGGUUAUUGUGCAAUACAUCCUUUGGCCUAUUUAACCUGGUGUUGUAUGACCAUACCGUCCUAAAAGCAUUCUCUCCGACCUAUGCUAUUUCUUUCCUACUUCGGAAUGGGCUUUCAGGCUGGAGAUCGCUUGGCGGUGUUCUCCUUUCUUUUACAGGGGUUGAAGCUUUAUUUGCCGAUCUAGGCGCAUUCUCCGCGAAAGCUAUCCGGUUCUCAUGGCUUUGUUUUGCACUACCGUGCUUGUUGAUUAUAUACAGUGGCCAAGCUGCGUAUAUCAGCGAGCAUCUAGACGCAUUCGAGAAUCCAUUAUUCAAGUCCGUCCCGCCAGGCCUAUACUGGCCCACCCUGGUACUCUCCAUGAUUACCUCAAUCAUUGCAUCGCAGGCCAUGCUCACUGGUAGCUUUCAAUUGAUAUCUCAAGCUGUUCGGCUGGGGUAUCUUCCCAAACUUACCCGUGUGCAUACGUCAAAGAGGAUAACAAGCCAAAUAUAUAUACCCCUGGCAAAUUGGUUUAUGAUGGCCUGCGCACUUGCUGUUACCAUAGUGUACCAAAAUACCACUCGCCUUGGAAAUGCCUAUGGUGUCUGUGUGGUGGGAGUAAGCUUCAUCACAACCUGGCUGGUGACAUUAGUUGCUAUCGUUGUCUGGAAUGUUCACUACCUGAUCGUGAUCCCCAUAUCACUAUUCAUCGGACUGGCUGAUACCUUGUUCCUCUCCGCCGCCCUGGCCAAGGUGCCCUCCGGUGGAUGGUUUACCCUUGUUUUAGCUGCAGUCCUAACGACAACCCUGCUUGUAUGGAGCUAUGGAGAAGGAUCAAAGUGGGCUGCACGGAAAGAUGAGAGAAUAUCUCAAGCCGUGGUGUAUCCAAACCAGAAUGGCCAGUUGAUACUGCGUGAAGAAGGUGUGGAUCAACCAGUAAAGAAAAUAAAAGGUUGGUAAUAAUAUGCAUACACAUAAUAUCCAUACGAAGUGUUAAUUUCGGUGUAGGGAUCGGGGUAUUUCUGACUGACCAUGAUGCCGGUUCCCCUUCGGUAUUCAAGCAUUUUGUCCACAAGUUUGAAUCAAUACACGAGAUAUCCAUCCUUCUUCACGUUAAACGUGUCCUCAAAUAUACUGUUAGUAGCAUGGCUGCCCACUUUUAUUGUCUGCGUGUCUGACCCAUGCCCUGCAGGUAGCCGAUGAGCGCCGAUUCACACUACGACAAACAGGAAUUCAGGGGCUGUUUCAUGUCACCUUGCAAUAUGGCUACGGAGACACCGUGUCCUGGAACUCCUUUGAAAAAGACAUCCUAAGUGAAUUAGGAACUAUCACUCCGGCAUGUCGGGACGAUCUGGAGGCAGAGUCCCCCACAGCCAAUUUUGGUGAAGAGUCGUCCACCGCGAUGCCACUUACCACCAAGAGACCCUCCACAAAAUCUAUCACAUAUAUAGUCGGGAAGGACAAACUCUAUCUCCUCCCAACGUCCAACCUGAUCCGCCGCGUAUUUUUAUGGGCGUUCAUCCACCUGAAGAACCGCGAGAAGACAAAGCUAGAUCACCUGAACGUUCCGGUCGAUAGGCUGCUGGAAAUCAAGUUCUCCAAAGGGAUAUAAACGGGUACGGAACAGGCGUCUGGAGUUUACGACGGGAAAGCACAUCGUAAUUUUUUUCAUAGAUAUAGACUUAGGCACUUAACAAUGUAAGAUGAGUGUGCUCUGGUGUUGCCUGUCUCCCUUUUUCAACCCCCUUUAAAUCGCUACUCUCCGGCUAUCACAUGCAUGACUACCUACCUUAGGUAAUUAAGUUUAUGCUUACUAAUAGCAUUCGGAGCGACUUUCUUCCUGCGCAUAAAUCAGUGGAUUCCGAUUGGUCGGCAAAGAUCAGGUCACCUCGGCUUCUCAUUUUCUUUGCCGCGAAAACGACGAAGACGAUGAAAAAUGGUUGGGAUAAACCAGCAGUCCACGGCCUUGAUAUUCACUGCAAUAAGAGUAUCUAUAUGCUGUCAAAGUAUUCUGUAGUCUAGUAACAGGUAGGCUGAGUAAUAUCCGCAGCGUUAAUCGUC